CAAAACCAGACAAUAUAAUUCAUAUCUGAUAACAUCUGCAAAGUUUUAGCAUGUCUCUCUUACAAUCCCUCCUCCACCAAGACAGCCUUCUUGAUCGUUUGUGGGGUAAUUGCUUCUUGGAAACCACAGAUGUCCAAAUGGUUAGGAAGGAAACUCCCCGUGCCCACAUCUUCCACAUAGAUCUCCCAGGCCUUGCAAAAGAGGACGUCAAGCUAGAAAUUCACGAGGGCAGCAGAGUCCUACACAUAACUGCAGAGAGAAAAGAGGAGAGUGCCGAUGAGUAAGUAAUAAAGUGGCAUUGCAGGG